AUGAAAUCGAAAAGAAAACAAAUUGGACGGGUUUUUUACUCCCGUUGCAUUACAAAACGUCGUAGAUGCUUUAGAAAUCGAGCAACAAAACGAAAUCUCAUAAUUAAAACCUUAAAAAAUGUUUUACUGGAUUUACAAUUGAAAUACCAAAAAACAAUAUUUGGAGAACAAAUGAAUUUAAUGAGGCAAAGCAGAGUACAAGAGUUGUUAAAAUAUGUGAAAAUCUUAAAACUUCAAAGUCGAAAAUUGGACCAAGAACAGCUUAAACAAUAUCGAAACGAUAGAAAAUUGGAGAGAUUAUUUCGAAAACUUGGAGGUAUUGAAAAAUAUUUAAAGCGCUACAAUUCUCAACUAAAUAAAGCUAUACAAGAACAUCAGGGAGAAGCACAAACAGCGAGUCGAUCGACAUAUGGAAACGAUUCAUUUGAAAGCAUUGAGGAACCCCAAGCAGUCAAAACUUCGGUACAUUUUAUGGACGAAAUUUCUAGGCAAAAUGUGGCUAAACAAAUUGUCAAAAAUAUUCCGUCGGCUAUAGUCCUAGCCCAGCAUCGUGAUAGUUCCAUUAAAAGUCUCAAAACCGAAAAUGCAUCUUUCAAAAAUUUAAGGCCCAAAAAUGUAUCGCUUAAACGUUUAAAGUCCGAAAAUUCUUUCGAAAAAUUAUUAUUGGGUUUCCUACACAAAUUUGAAAAACCUAAAAUAACGGCAAAGCCGGAGGAAUUAUCGAAAAAUAAAUCGGUUGAAGCAGAAAUUGAUCAAUAUGUAAAACGCCAAGGACCAAUUUCGACAAAGCUCGUUUACAAAUGGCCAGCAAGUAUUUCGGCUGUGGUUUUGGCCAAACACAAACGUUCGAAUUCACGGCGUAGGGCUUUUUGGCAUCUGCGUCAAAUAUCACCCUCAGUGAAUAAUUCGCAUUUUCAGAGUAGAGAGCAACUCUUCAGGAUGGCGGUCCAAGAGAAGCAAAGGAAUCUACACGAUUAUGGAUCUGUAAGUGCCUCGCAAAUCCUUAAGCGAAGAAAAAUUAAACAUAGGGAUCAAUUGAUGGAACCAAAAUGGAACCAAGACGAAAGAAUUAUACAUAAGAAUGUAUAUAAUAGAAAUUCAGAAUUGUCACCACAAACAUCACAUAAUUUGGGCAGAAAAAACCUUUUGAGAAAAACAAAAGGAAAUCUGCCAUCAAUAGAAAAACAUAAGAUAGUCAAUGCAUGGCAGUUAAAUAAAUUUAAUUGGGAUUCAACUAAUUCUACGGAUUCAGAAAUGUGCGAGAAUCGUGACAUCAAAUUGGAGCCAAUGGAGACGACUGCACGUAAAAUUAUCAAUAGUCUGUUGUUAGAGGAGAAUCCCAUUGGCGAACGAUUUGAAGAGAAGCCUGGCAAAAGAGUUGUGGUUCCUCUAUCGGCAAAUGAGUUUACACCUCAUUAUGAGAAAAGUCCUUUGAGCCAGGUAGACGAAGUGUUUGACGAUCUAAUUGAAAAGAACAAUGAGUGGCAGGAAUAUAUGCGUGAUCUGGAGGGGUCUCAGGAUAUUGUCAAAUCGUAUUUGCAGAAACGUUAUUUGCAAAAUGUGCGAACUGUCUUACAGAAUCAAGUCCAUCAAAUCACUCAACAAAAUUCUAACUUCCCGUAUGAGCCUUUAGAAGGAGAAGAAACCAGGACCAAACCUUUGUCUUGGUCAGCCUUUGGCUGGAGGGCCAUCAAAACGAAUUCCACAAAUAGUUUGUCUUCUACCGCUUCAAAAAAUGAAAACCAAAUAGACCGAAAAUUAUAUUGCAGCAAUACUCUCGAGAUGCAUAGACGUUUCUUUACCAAGCAAAUGAUGAAAUUACGUUACGGAUUUCUCACCAAAAACAUAAGGCAUCUUUACAAGUUGAUAAUGAACAGGGAAUGGCCCAUCAGACAGGAGGAUCGUGAUUUGCUUAAUGAAUACGCACUUGAUCCUCAGCAUUAUAAUAUACUGAUCAUGGCCAUAGAACCAACUUUACCCCAGCCACAAAGUGAGGCAAAGAUGGCAAUUAUUGAAGAGAAUUACAACUAUAUAAAGGGGCUUAUGGAAAGAGACAGACGCCGCUCCAGGAUGAUGGCAUCUUCAUUAAUUUCCUGCCAAAGUGAUGCCAUUCCCAUAAUGUAUGCGGAUGAUGGCAUUUCGGGUCGUUGUCAAUUUGAUUUCGAUAAAGCAUAUAUGAAGGAACAGCGCGCCAAGUGGGCUAAAUACUUUGCAUUGCAAGAAAAGACUCCGUUGGAGCUACAACUGGCCAAUAAGAGGACUCAAAAACUUCAGGCAAAAGCGGCCAGGAAAGCUUUAAAGAAGCAACGCCAAAGAGAUGCAAAAAAACACCUUCAAAUAUCAAGAUCAUUGAGUGCUCUCUACACAGAUCCAAGAUUGACGCAACGCAUGCGAAAAGUCCUGAAUGAAAUGGCCGAAGACAAGGGGGAAAAAACCUUAAAGCAAACUAAAAGAAAAAAGUCUUCUACAUUUUCUUCAGUUACUACAGAACCAAAAAGUUGUUGUAGUCGGUGCAAAUUGUGGCAGCAUGAUUCAUGCUCUCUAACUGAAACAGAGAUAUUCUGCCCGCCUAUUGUCCCUAAAUCAUAUAUAAAUUGUAUAAAGGAUAAGGCAAAUUCUCAUGGUAAGUCCUCUGCCUUUGGAUGCAAACAAAUUAAUUAAUUCGUAAAUUUUGUAUAAUUUUUUGUAAAUUUAAUGUAAUAAAAAUACUUAAAUCAAAUAUAAAACAUUUCAAUUGACUCCUAACAGUUUUAACCAA